AUGUCAGUCAGGGCUGCUGCACUUCAGGCAGGUGUUGAAGAAAGCACUGCGCGCACCUGGUGGAAAAAAUACGAAGAAAACCCUGAAUCAUUUGUUCUCGGCAAGAGCACCAACCGCCAGAACAGACCAAAAGCACAGCUUCAGGAAACGCAUAAGGAAUGCGUGAAGCAAUUUUACGACGAGAAUCCUAAUGCUUAUAUCCAGGACGCUGUUGAAAUUCUCACGAGCCAGUUUGAAGGCCUUGAUAUUAAAAAGUCUAGAGUGCAUGAAUUCAUGAAGACCGAAUGUAACUUGACCUUUAAGCAAACGACUCUCUGGUCUGAGGCAAGAAUGAGCACGAUUAAGAUACGCUACAAUUGGGUUGUUGAAUGGAGUCAAACGGACAUGAAAUAUUCCCAAAAUUGCGUGUUUAUUGAUGAAGCCGGCUUUAACAUUAACAUGAAGUCUAGCAGAUCAUGGGCACCAAGGGGC